AUGUCCGACCUCCCACCGAGAGGUCGGGGCGUGAGGCCCCCUGGGGCGGUUCCUAGGAGCUGUCGUGGGGGGGACUCAGGCUCCGCACCACCAGCAAUACCACCAUCAGUCGCUGGCUCAUCGUCUUUUGGUGGUGAUGCCUUGCCAAUCUCGCCAGACCCUACCUCGACUAGGGCCACAUACUCGACGGUCGUGCCAGCUCGAUCUCGCCACACGUCGCCUCGCCGCAGGUCCCGUUCCACCACGGGUUCCGCCCAUUCGUCCGCAGAUGAGUCUGACUCAGGGACGGCCCACCCCCAGGAGAUGGAGGUAGAGGGCACUCAGGGAGGGGAGGAGGUCUCGAGGGACCCCUCCGUCGACCUUCUUCUAGGUCAAUACGCCUUGAAGUUCCGAGACACAGUCGAGGAUCUUCCUGGCGAUCUUGAGGUAUUGACCACCUCCAUUGCGAAGGCCACAGACUGGGUUCUGCGGGCCAUGCACCACAAUCCGCUCACCAUCAAUGGGGGCGAUGCCUUCAUGGCCCAGAUGACGUCCUUCGUGAAUGCCGUCAUGGCCACUGACUUUAGUCGUAUUCGCGGGCCAGGCAAACUCGACAACUUCUCACUCGCCUCUCUCCUUGAGGCCGAGACGUCUUCCAAGGCCGAGCCGACCAUCCACCUGGCUCCUGUUUUCAGGCCUCCCCCCCCUGCUGCCCAUGGGCCGCUCAAUGAGGGUGUCGCUGGCGUAGGGGCCCCACCCGAUGUCCUCAUGCAGGCUUUGGACGACCUUGGUCGCCUGGCCUCCCUGCCUCACAUCCCCGCUUCCAAGAAGCGUAAGGGUGUUGAUCGUCCGGUCCCACCUCCUCCUCAGAAGAAGAGUAAGGUGGCCUACUCUCGCCCUGGUCCGCCUCCGCCGAUCAACCGCACCACCAAGCCCAAGCCCCGUCCAACGACAUGGGCAGGGAUCGCAUGA